CCGAUCUCAUCGCAUCUACCUGCCCCUCGUCGCUACCGCCUCGUCUCCGUCCGGCAUCGAGGUGGCGCGUGCAAGUCCACGUGAUCGUUAGGAAACCCCUCUCUCGGGCUGUGGAUCUGUAAUAGGCCGCAUGACUGUCAACGGGCCUAUAAGUCAUGGGCCUUCAAGUCGCCAAAUAUACCUAAGCGUCUAAUAAUAUAAAAUCUUUAAAAAAACGGAAAUAUUCGUGGCUGCCCCUAGGUUUUGAUCGAUUCGUAUGUAGCCCUUUAUUCGCCUCUCCCACGGACUCGCGCCGUUACUCGGAAAGCUUCGUCUUGUGCUGCUCUGGUGAGGCGAAGGAGGGCCUGGGGAGGGCAUGGCGAAAGGAGACGACGCGGUGAGGAGGAAGAGGAACAAGACCCAGCGCAAGCGGAUGGGGAAGAGCGACUCCGCCGUCUCCGCUCGCAUCGCCUCCAUCAUCGCCGCCAAGCAUCGCCGCAAGGCCGGCAAGCGCCGCAUCUGCGAGGGGAUGUGCUUCAGCCUCCCGAGUCCCGACGAUCCCUUCAAUGAUCGGCAUGGCAAGAAGCGCGCCGCUCGGAGGGCCAACAAGAAACCCAAGGAGGUCCCUACUCCUGGUCCAGCCGCCGAGAACGAGGGAAAGGCCGAGAACGAGCGGCAUCCCGGAGGGAAGGGUGGUGGAGAUAGUGGCUACUCGGACUACAGCAGCCCCUCCAAGUUUCUUAUCCUCUGCCUGAACGCCAUACAGGAUGCUUGGGUCGAGGAAGGGAUAUCCGAUGGAAGUGUGGAGGGGAAUCUAUUGGCCAGCACCUGGGGUGUGGAGUUCUGGAGGUGCUGCUCUGCCGGAUUGAAUGUAUUGGACACGAGUGGGGGUUGUGCUAGCAGAGAGCAGAUCGCUUGGCUGGUUUCCACGGCUUCUGAUAUUGUUGCACAGAAGGAGAAGCAGGGGAUUUUCGUGACCAGCCCCCUCCUUGUAUACCUCGUGCCAUCUCAAGAGAAGGCUGUUCAGGUUAGAUCACUGUGCAAACCACUCAAGGCUCUCGGAAUCCACACAGUAAGCUUGCAUCCUGGUGCAUUUAUAGAUCACCAGGUUCACGGUUUAAAAAGCUGUGAGCCCGAGUUCGUUGUAUCCACCCCAGACAGGCUUCUUGAUCUUGUUUCCCUAAGGGCCAUUGACAUAUCUAGUACAUCGUUAUUGGUUAUUGAUGGAUUGAAAAAAUUUCUAGACCUUGGGUUUGUAGAUAAAUUGUAUUCCAUCAGGGACAGUAUAUCUGGACAUCCUCAGAUGGUUCUCUUCAGUGAUUCCUAUGGAGAAGCCCUUAAGCCUGUGAUGCAAAAUUUACUCAGAAGGCCACUUAGCAGACUGUCGUUGUAUGAUUCUUCAGCUAGUCAGAGUGCAUUCAUAUCUCAAUAUGUAUACUUCUGUACAUCAGAAGAGGAUAAGUUAUUGAAGGCUAUACGAAUUCUUGCUCAGGCACUCAGUAACCAAACACCCCACUGUGUUAAGGUCCUAUUUAUACUGGGAACAGCUGGCAAGGCUCAGAUGUUAAUUUCUUCCCUUAAUGCUGAAGGUUAUGCAUUAUCUAAUGACUCUUCAAGCGACUGCGUUAUUAUAUCUGACAGCGAAAAGGUGACAAAAGUCACGGUGAAGGAUAAGGAGAACGUGCUGAAAGCAGAUGUAGAGGAAUUUGAAAUAGUGCUGUUUGUGGAUCUGCCCUCCUCAAUUGAAGAUUAUGUUGAAAUUCUCACAAGAAUUGCACGCCAUUCUGUAACUGGGGUGCUACAUAGCUUUUUUUGUGAAGCAGAUGCUCCUCUCUCUCAACCUCUAAUCAAUGUACUCGAGCAGUGUGGUCAGAUGGUGCCUGAAGUCCUGAGAAGUUUUGAUUGUUCAUAGUUUAACAGUUGAGGUUGGAGAUAUUUGAUGAAUGGUUAGCAGUCUCCUUCAUUUGUUCAUUCAUUUUCCUUCUCAUUAUGGAUGUGACAUGCUUUAUGUUAUGGUUAUAUCCAAGAUGAAUGUGAUUUUGACGUUCACCAACUAACUGAUCUCUUCCUGAUAG